AUGGUAAAAAGAUGCUCAUGGGGGACAUGCAAUUCUGAUACAAGGUAUCCAGAGAGGAUAAUUAAUGUAUCCUUCCUGCCGUUUCCAAAACCAAAGACAAAUUAUGAUGCUUGUUUAAGAUGGAUUAAGGCAUGUGGGAGGCCUGUGGAACAACUAAAUGUUAAUAAAAUAACAAGAGACACAUAUGUUUGUUCAAAGCACUUUGUUGGUGGUUUUCCACCAGAAAAGAAUCCAGAUCCUUUUCCUGCAACUGGUGGCCAGGUUUAUGAAGCCAGAGUAAAAUCCAGAAAAAGAAAAUAUGUUGAACUAGAACAAAAUAGUGCAGAACCCUCCUGUAGUGUACCAGAAGUUACAUGUAUAAAUCCAAGCAUACUGUCUAGUAAUGAAAAUGACAAAGAUAAUCAAACUGAUGAAGUUGUUUACACAAACUUGGAUUUGAUUGCACGUAAUUCAUCAAUAAAGAAUUUGGAAGAAGAAAAAAAUGCCCUCAUUAAGCAAAAUGAAGACCUAAAGAUGCAAUUAGCAAGUUGUGUUGAGCAGGAUUUCAAACUAAAGAGCAAAAGAUCACCAGCAAAGAAACAGAAACAAGUUGUCCAUAAUAAAAAGUUUUCAGCAGAAACAGUGGCAAAUUCAAACAUAAAGAAACUUUUUGAGUAUUACACUGGAUUAACAUAUGUAAGAUUCAUUUUGUUAGUAAACUUUUUAUUUCCAGAAGAAGGAAUUAAUCCAGUAAAUUAUAAAGAAAAAAGAAAAGAAGUCAAAGCAAUGAUCCUCACUGACCAGCUAUUCUUAGUGUUGUGUCGUUUGAGAAAUGGACUUCACAUAAAGGACUUGGCAUACAGAUUCAACAUCAAACCCCAAAGUGUUAGUGUUAUAUUCAAGAGUGUUAUCCAUUAUAUGUUCCUUAAAUUGGGAUAUUUGUCAUACUGGCCCCACAGAGACACUAUUAUACAGAAUAUGCCACAUCAAUACCAACAAGAGUUUCCAACAUGCCUUGCAAUUAUAGACUGUACCGAAUUAAAAACAGAGAAACCUUCAUCACUCAAGUCACAGAGUCAGUGCUAUUCAGACUACAAGUCUUCAACAACCUUGAAAUCUUUGGUGGUUACAGAUCCAAGAGGUUCUGUCAUAUUUGUAUCCGAUUUAUUUUCUGGAUCUAUCUCGGACAAUGAAAUUUGCAAGGAAAGUGGAUUUUACAAAUUGCUACAGCAACUUAAAGAUCAGGGUUAUCUUCAAGACAAUGAUGGAAUAAUGGCAGACAAAGGAUUUCGUAUAGAAAAAGAGCUGGGUGAAUUAAAUUUAAGACUAAAUAUUCCACCUUUUGCAUCAACUGCAACACAAAUGUCUUCUGGUGAUGUUGCACUUACCCGUAAAAUUGCAGCUCACAGAAUUCACAUUGAACGUUCAAUUAAUCAAAUAAAAAAUUUCAAAAUUGUUAAUAGAAGAAUUCCAGGAACUUUAUUUUAUAACAUUAAUGAAAUAUGGACUGUAUGUUCCUUAUUAACAAAUUUUCAGGACACUCUUGUCAAAAUGUAAUGUAUAUCUUAUUUUCAGGUG